CCUUCCAGCCUUACUCAGCCAAUUCCUUGUAUGAAACACUUUCUGUGAAAACAACUGCUGUGGUUCCUGCUUUCCUGAUUGGCCCUGAGUCAUUCAGAUGCCAUGUCCCUGCCUGGCCAUGAAGCACAGCCUCACGUCUGAUGCUGUUGUGGAACAGCAUCAGAAAGGCCACAAUCCGGCUGAAAGCGACGGGCUCUCAACACUGCCCCACCAUAUGAACUGAGGGGUGAGGUGCCAAGGGCCCCACCCCGGGGAAGGAAUGAGGGUGGGCUUGGAUUUGGGACUUCCCGCCCCCUGCUUUGUGUUCAGGAACGCUGUCUUCACUCUGCAUUUUCUUCAGUUCCUCCAAAUGCUCCAAGAAACCAAACCUCACUUGCACUGCUCGGUGGCAUUGCGGUCCUGCUCCUGCUCUUCUGUGUCACUCCAGCUCUCCAGGAACCUGGCAUUGUCCUUUCCCUGGCCCUACCCUGCACACUGAAUGCUUUAAUCGAGGAGACUGUUCUGUAGAUGUGCCCGUCAAUCCCCAAACGUCUCAUGAGCUCCCGCUAUGCGUGGGCUGUGCUCUUCCCCUCCGGCAUCUGUGUCUUUACUUUCUACCAAUGAUGCGGGCAGGAACUCCCCCCUUUUCUUUGUGCACUCAGAGCCCAGGGAUUUCAGAGUCUGGCAGGCACUAGCUUGAAAGGUUCCUUAUGACACCGAGGGCUGUGGUUCUCAUUAUUGAGAUUGUCUUCAGGUUUUACCUCAUUCAAAAUGCAUAGCCGUAGUGUUAAAAGUGUCAUCCCCUCUCUCCAAACGUUGCUGUUUCUACCUAGUUUAUCCUGGUUACCUUCUUUGGCUGGUGAUUCUGAGUUUUCACAGUUGCAGGGGGUCAGUGGUGUACAAUCACUCUCUUAGACCCACCCAAGUGGUCCUCAGGUGUGGAAAGUUUAAAAGUUGGUAUCUAUGAGAAACUGCUUUCCUGUGACAUUUUUGCUGACUAAAUGACGUGGAAUCUGGCCUGUAUAUCUCGUCUAUGAAGACAUUAGAAGGAUUUAGGUUUUAUUCAUGUGCAGGCACCACAAGGUAUCAAUAGGUGUUUUGAGCUUAUGGUUCAAGCAUGUUAAAACAAAAUAGCAGGAAAAUUAGUAAUUUUCAUUGGGUAUAUUUUCUGUAGUUUAAAAUGAUAAAUAUAAGUUACAGAAUAAAAAAUUAUCAACAUAACUGUAUAACUAUGUGCUGUUAUAUGUCAUGCACAUAUGCUGUGGUUACAUUUAUCCUUACACUUAAAACUUUUAAAUUAUGGAUAAAACAUGUGACAUUAAAUUUACCAUCUUAAGCAUAUGCUUCAGUGUGCAGUUCGGUGGUAUUAGGUACACUCACAUUGCUGUGCAAACAUUGCCACCAUCUAUCUCCAGAACUCUGUUCCUCUCUCAAAACUGAAACUCUACCCUUUAAGCAGUAACUCUUUUUUCCCCCUAAUCCUCAUCCUCUGGUGCCACCAUUCCACUCUCUGUCUCUAUGAUUUGGGUAUUCUCAGUACCUCACGUAAGCGGAAUCAUACGGUAUUUGUCUUUUUGUGGCCGGCUUAUUUCACUUCACGUAAUGUCCUCCAGGUUCAUCCACACUGCAGUGUGCGUCAUCAUUUCCUUCCAUUGUGUGCCUACACCGCACUCUGCCACCCAUCCAUCCACCAAUGAACACUGAGGUUGCUUCCAUCUUUAGGCCACUGUGAAUGAUGCUGCUAUGAAUGAGGAAGGCAUUGUGAAGGAGAUUGACAUCAGCCAUCAUGUGAAGGAGGGCUUUGAGAAGGCAGACCCUUCCCAGUUUGAGCUGCUGAAGGUUUUAGGACAAGGAUCCUAUGGAAAGGUGUUCCUGGUGAGGAAGGUGAAGGGGUCGGAUGCUGGGCAGCUCUACGCCAUGAAGGUCCUUAAGAAAGCCACCCUAAAAGUUCGGGACCGAGUGAGAUCGAAGAUGGAGAGAGACAUCUUGGCAGAAGUGAAUCACCCCUUCAUUGUGAAGCUUCAUUACGCCUUUCAGACAGAAGGAAAGCUCUACCUGAUCCUGGACUUCCUGCGGGGAGGGGACCUCUUCACCCGGCUCUCCAAAGAGGUCAUGUUCACAGAGGAGGAUGUCAAGUUCUACCUGGCUGAACUGGCCUUGGCUUUAGACCAUCUCCACAGCCUGGGGAUCAUCUACAGAGAUCUGAAGCCUGAGAACAUCCUCCUGGAUGAAGAGGGACAUAUUAAGAUCACAGAUUUCGGCCUGAGUAAGGAGGCCAUUGACCACGACAAGAGAGCGUACUCCUUCUGCGGGACAAUCGAGUACAUGGCACCCGAGGUGGUGAACCGGCGAGGGCACACGCAGAGUGCCGACUGGUGGUCUUUCGGCGUGCUCAUGUUCGAGAUGCUCACGGGGUCCCUGCCGUUCCAGGGGAAGGACAGGAAGGAGACCAUGGCCCUCAUCCUCAAAGCCAAGCUGGGGAUGCCGCAGUUCCUCAGUGGGGAGGCACAGAGUUUGCUGCGAGCUCUCUUCAAACGGAACCCCUGCAACCGGCUGGGUGCUGGCAUUGAUGGAGUGGAGGAAAUUAAGCGCCAUCCCUUCUUUGUGACCAUAGACUGGAACAAGCUGUACCGGAAGGAGAUCAAGCCACCAUUCAAACCAGCAGUGGGCAGGCCUGAGGACACCUUCCACUUUGACCCCGAGUUCACAGCACGGACGCCCACAGACUCUCCUGGUGUCCCCCCAAGUGCAAAUGCUCAUCAUCUGUUUAGAGGAUUCAGCUUUGUGGCCUCAAGCCUGAUCCAGGAGCCCUCACAGCAAGAUCUGCACAAAGUCUCAGUUCAUCCAAUUGUGCAGCAGUUACACGGGAACAACAUCCACUUCACCGAUGGCUACGAGAUCAAGGAGGACAUCGGGGUGGGCUCCUACUCAGUGUGCAAGCGAUGUGUGCAUAAAGCCACUGACACUGAGUACGCUGUGAAGAUCAUCGAUAAGAGCAAGAGAGACCCCUCAGAAGAGAUCGAGAUCCUGCUGCGGUACGGCCAGCACCCGAACAUCAUCACCCUCAAAGAUGUCUAUGACGAUGGCAAGUUCGUGUACCUGGUGAUGGAGCUGAUGCGUGGCGGGGAGCUCCUGGACCGCAUCCUCCAGCAGAGAUACUUCUCGGAGCGUGAGGCCAGUGACGUCCUGUGCACCAUCACCAAGACCAUGGACUACCUCCAUUCCCAGGGGGUUGUUCAUCGAGACCUGAAGCCGAGUAACAUCCUCUACAGGGAUGAGUCGGGGAGCCCAGAAUCCAUCCGAGUUUGUGACUUUGGCUUUGCCAAGCAGCUGCGCGCGGGGAACGGGCUGCUCAUGACGCCCUGCUACACGGCCAACUUCGUGGCCCCAGAGGUCCUGAAGCGUCAAGGCUACGAUGCGGCGUGUGACAUCUGGAGUUUGGGAAUCCUGUUGUACACCAUGCUGGCAGGAUUUACCCCUUUUGCAAAUGGGCCAGACGAUACCCCUGAGGAGAUUUUGGCGCGGAUCGGCAGUGGGAAGUAUGCCCUUUCUGGGGGAAACUGGGACUCCAUAUCUGACGCAGCCAAAGACGUCGUAUCCAAGAUGCUCCACGUGGACCCUCAUCAGCGCCUGACGGCGAUGCAAGUGCUCAAACACCCGUGGGUGGUCAACAGAGAGUACCUGUCCCAAAACCAGCUCAGCCGACAGGACGUGCACCUGGUGAAGGGCGCGAUGGCCGCCACCUACUUUGCUCUAAACAGAACACCUCAGGCCCCGCGGCUGGAGCCCGUGCUGUCGUCCAACCUGGCUCAGCGCAGAGGCAUGAAGAGACUCACGUCCACGCGGUUGUAGCAGGUGGGACCCUGGCCCCAGCGUCCCCCGCCAGCGUCUUCGUGGGCUCGCAGACCCCGGCCUCGGAGCCUGCCUGGCACCCAGAGUGACCACAAGUCCAGCAGGGAGGCGGCGCCCGUCCUCGCCGUGUCCGUGUUUCCUUUUUCAACCCCGGAGAGGGUCCUGACCCGGGGGCUUCUCCAAGCCUCACUGCGCCAGCCUCGCCGCCCGCUCUCUUUUCUCCCAAGCAAAACCAAAUGCGCCCCUUCACCUCACGUGCCCGUGCGAGGCCAGGGGCUACUUUCAGAACCGGCGGGUCUUCUCAUAUCGCGGCUUCUAUUUCUGCCAAGAGAUCUGUUUUCCAAUUAUGAAGCCGGUCGGUUUAGUCAGACUCCCGAUGCCGACGUCCCGGGUACCCGGUGGGAAAGUGGCAGUGCAAGGGUGCAGCCGUCAGUGGUUGCAGGGCCCUGGAGGGCUGGGGUGACCUAGUAUCCUGGGGAUCCCCACGGGCUGGAUGAGGGGGUUGGCACUGUGGCGUCCAGGGGGAGACGCCUGGUUCUGCCCAAAAUAAUCCAAAGAGCCAUUUCCUCCUGCCCUUCAGUUUUUGCCUGAGGUGCUGGGUAGCCCAUCCUAUCCUCUGUCCCAAAUUCAGAGGAGGAGUAAGAGCCCGGGCGACAGCAAGGCGGACUGGAUCUUUGCCUUGAGAGCUCCGUGUCACCACGGAGGGAAGGGGGCGCCUCCCGGAGGAGCCUGUGUCCACCUCGAGUCUCGGCUUUCCCCGGGGGGCCAAGCGCACUGGGCUGCCCUUGGUCCCCAGCUCUGGUGGUCACACAGCUACCUGGAGGAUUUGCAGGGAGCCGUGGGUUCUCACACCUUCUCAGCCCUGUGUCAGCUUCCUGUGUGCUCACCCAAAGCUGUGGUUCUGUGUUCACUUCGAUUUUUCUGGUCUACAGAGAAACUGUGAAUUUGAGAAAUGGAGCUCUGUGGCUUCCCACCCAGUCCUUCUCAGUCCACCUGGAGGCUGGAGGGAAACGCAGGCCCCACCCAGCAGACUGAGGGCCAGGGGCACAAGUUGGAAGGCAGCGGAGAUCAGCGUGGGCAGGAGCGAUGCACUUUGUAGAUGCUGUGGCUUUGUGUUGCGUUUUGUGUCUCUGUUGCACAGAUCUGUUUUCACACAGAUCUAUAUUCCCUGGGGUGUGCACACAGGGUGGGUGUGGGGCAUUUAGGCCAUACUGUGCUCUCCUUCAUUGAGUAAAAUCGAGUGAGAGGUUCCGGGCAGGAGGCUCGACGCCCAGUCCAGCCCGCAGAGGGAACACACGGGUCCUUCAUUCUCCCGUAAGGGUGUUGAAGAUGCUCCCCGGCGGCCCCCAAGUCAGGGGACCCAGCAAGUGGACUGGGUGGGAGGGGGUGCCGCUCACCCCCUCACCCUGCAUUGCUGAAGAGCCCCGCCUCUGCAGCAAGCGGAGCUUCAGGAGGCAUCCGUUGGCCACAGCCAGGUUUUCCCUAAGAAGAUGUUACUGUGUUGGGUUUUGUUCCCCCUCCAUCUCAAUUCUAGUACCCAACUCAAAACAGAACAAACACACAAAAAAUGUGCUGCGUUCUGAAAAAUAACUCCUUAGCUUGGUCUGAUUGUUUUCAGACCUUAAAAUACAAACUUGUUUCAGAAGCUUUAAUCCAUGAAGAUUUUUUUUUUUUUCUUAGAGAACCACAAAACGUAAAAGGAGCAAGUCGGACUGAGUACCUGUUUCCAUAGUGCCCACAGGGCAUCCCUCACAUUUUCUCCAUAGAAGAUGCUUUUUCCCAAGGCUGGAAUUACUUCCACCAUGAUGAAUUUGCUUUUUAGGUCUCAAUUAUUUCAUUUCUUUUUAGAAACUUAGGAGAAAGUGGAUAAUCCUUAGGUCACAGAAUUUGUCCUCCCAGAAAUGAACAAAAAUCAUCACCUCUUCUGCUUGCUACGCAAGCACAAGCUCGUGGUCUUUUUCAGUCAUCCCAGUUUGUAUAGACUUAGCUUCUGAACUCUAAGAAUGCCAAAGGGACCGACGAGACUCCCCAUCACAGCAAACUCUGUCCUUACAUAUAUUUGAUGUACAUCAGUGGAGGAGAACACUGGCUUGGCCCUGCUCUGCCUAGGGUCUGUGAAAUACCUCUACUUUCCCUCUCAUAUCCAGAACAAAGUGAUACUGGAAAUCCUUCCACAAAAGUCAGCCUGAAGAAGCUAUGGUAUCAUAUGUUAAACUAAGCUUUCAAAACCCUUAGUGAAAUAGCAAGUGACUGCUUUCAAGUAGCAGUCGACAUGUAAAUGAAGGUGUUCUUAGAAUUCGCAUUUUGCCCGCUCAGCGCACCUCCAUGCUGAAUGAAAUGCUCCGUAUGAUUUGUACAAAUGACAUAGACCUCCCCAAAAGUUAAUUGGCUCUCUUUGCUCACACAGAUCAUCUCAUAACCACCACCCCCCGCCCCCGGGUCAUGAAAAUCACAGAACUUAAUACGCACACUGAACCCUAGAUCUCAGGCUUCCUGACCUACUGCAAGUGGCCCCUUGCUGGCCACCCUAUAGGGUCCUCCUUCCCUGGCAGCCCCCUGUGUGGGAGAAAUACCUGAUUCUCCCAAUCUGCAGUGGGAGAGCUUUGCUGAAUUCCACCCCAAAGUCCAACAUGGGCAAGAGGUGAGGAUUUCACUUUUACCCUCAAGUCCGAUUCGUCUGUGAUUUUAAACUAACUGUGUAUGUAUUGAUGUUUGGAAGAUUGAAUUUUAAAGUGGUAAUAUACUUAAUGUUAGCCAGUAUUGUUCAUUAAAUGGCGUUAUCCUAAAGCUGCACUUGGGAUUUUUACCUAACGCUUUACUGAUUCUCUCAAGCACAUGGCAAAGUUUGAUUUGCACUCCGUUCAUUUCUGACACCGUUUUGCUGCCUCCUACCUUUCUAAGCGUCGUGCAAAUUCGAGAACGGAGAAGGAUGCUGCCCGUCCCUGAGCAGUGCGGAGAGGGCGGCAGGUGGACUCCAGCGCAGCUUGAGGGGCUGAGGACAGAGGCUGCAGCGUCUGUGUCGUUCUACUGAGCACGCUUCUCUGCCUCGCUCCUGACUCAGCACUUUGUUCACUGGCUCAGCAGUUAUGUUUACACAUCAUUUUUAUGUUCCUGCUUUGUAAUUCAUGUUUGAGAUGGGUGGCCACUGUACAGAUAUUUAUUACGCUUUCCAGACUUUCUGAAUAGAUUUUUUUGAAUAAACAUGGUUUUAUGAAGUGUAA